CCUCAGAGCCUCGCAUGGCGCGCGAGCACCUGUUCACGCGAGUUGUCCGUUAUUCAGCGCGCAGGGAAACCGUGGUCUUGCUAAAUCAUUAGCCUGUUAGCUCCCAUCUCAAAGCGGACAAUGAACUCCCUGAAAACUUUAGUGCGGACGACGAGCGUCGGGGUCUUCGAGUUGUUCGCGAAAGACGCGCUUAAGUCGACCGUCCGCGGUCGGCGGCCCGGUGUGUGGAGCCAGAAGAGACGCUUCAGUCACGGUUCUUCAGCCGGAAUUCACCUCAGCACCGACCGAGCGGCCGGUGGAGGAGAACCUCUACCAGCCCCGUGUGGAGGAAGAGGUGAAGGCCUUUUCUCGGGACUUGAAGAUUUGCUUUUCUACACAAUCACAGAGGGAGAGGAGAGGGUUCCGAUCUCUCACUUUAUUGCGGCACUUAAAAGUACCGGCCUGCUGACCUCAGACCCUCGUCUUCGGGACUGCAUGGAGAAGCUGCGCCAGGCUGUUCGAGAGUGUACUGGCGAAGUCAUGAUGGACCGGGAACUUUUCCGCAAAUUUGUAGGUGGAAACAUUGUCCUGCUGUCUCUGGCCUUUAGAAAGAAAUUUAUAAUUCCUGAGUUUGAGGAGUUUGUUGCCAUUAUAAACCAGAUCUACAACAGAGCUAAAGAGGAAGAUGAUGGACAAGUGGCAGACUACAUUCCACAUCUUGCCAAGUUUAGCCCUAGUCUAUGGGGGAUGUCACUAUGCACGGUGGAUGGUCAGAGACACUCAGCAGGAGACACCAAGGUGCCAUUUUGCCUGCAGUCAUGUGUGAAGCCACUGGAGUAUGCUAUCGCUGUACAUGAGCAAGGAACUGAGCAUGUGCACCGCUUUGUGGGAAAAGAGCCCAGCGGGCUCAAGUUCAACAUGCUGUCCCUUGAUGAAGACGAUAAACCUCACAAUCCCAUGGUGAAUGCUGGAGCAAUUGUCAUCAGCUCUCUUAUCAAGCCUGGGUCUAACAAAGCAGAGAAAUUUGACUAUGUAAUGGACUUUGUAAAAAAAAUGGCAGGCAUGGAAUAUGUAGGGUUCAGCAAUGCCACGUUCCAAUCAGAAAAAGAGACAGGUGACAGAAACUUUGCAAUAGGCUACUACCUCAAAGAGAAAAAGUGUUUUCCUUGUGGGGCAGAUAUGAUUGAUGCUCUAGACUUUUACUUUCAGCUGUGCUCCAUAGAAGUGACAUGUGAGUCAGGCAGUGUGAUGGCAGCGACACUGGCUAAUGGAGGUAUCUGUCCCAUCACGGGGGAGCGAGUGCUGACUGCUGAGGCCGUGAGGAACACCCUGAGCCUCAUGCACUCAUGUGGCAUGUAUGACUACUCUGGCCAGUUUGCCUUCCAUGUGGGACUGCCCGCAAAGUCAGGGGUGUCAGGUGCUGUGUUGUUAGUAGUGCCCAAUGUGAUGGGGGUCAUGUGUUGGUCACCACCUUUAGACAAGGUGGGGAACAGUGUCAGAGGCAUCCGCUUCUGUCAGGAGCUGGUUUCCUUGUUCAACUUCCAUAAUUACGACAAUCUGAGACACUUUGUUAAGAAACAGGAUCCGCGUAGGUGGUCUGGUGAAGAUCGGAACAAGUCAGUGGUAAAUGUGAUGUUUGCAGCUCAUAGUGGAGACGUUUCAGCCCUCAGGAGGUUUGCUCUGUCAUCAAUGGAUUUAGAGCAGAAAGACUAUGACUGUCGUACAGCACUUCAUGUGGCUGCUGCGGAAGGCCACGUGGACGUUGUGCAGUUUCUAACACAGACUUGCAAAGUGAACCCCUUUGUGAAGGACAGGUGGGGAAACAUUCCUCUGGACGAUGCGAUACAGUUUGCCCAUACAAAGGUGGUGAAGAUCCUGCAGGAGUAUCAACAGACCUACAGUGUACAGAGCUCUCCGGAUGUGCCUGACCACAUCAAACAAAGCAAACUCGGCUCUGUCGAGGGUAUAAUGUGAGCUGCCUUUAGUGCACAGGGAGCUUCCGCUUUCCACUCACUUUAAAAGCUCACUGUGAUUUUUUUACCAUUUAGGUUUAGGUUAUAACUGUCCAGACUGCCCUUUGUUGAGGGUAUGAUGCGAGUGGCUGUUCAUGAUCAAGACGCUUCUGUUGUCCCCUAAGUUAAAAGACAAGUUUGAAGUUUGAAGAAUUAUAUAGAUGGUAGCAGUUUAUAGUAGCAGCCCCCUAGAAAAAACAACUCAGUCAUUAUAUAAUACUUCAAGUUUCAAGUUUAUUUGUCAUUUGCACUACAUGUCAGGACAUUCAUGCAUUGAAAUGCUUGUGGUUAGGCACACUCUACAGAAAGUAAACAAAGUGAAAAUAAAAAUAAUAGUAGUUAACAGUAAAAUAAUUGGGAUUUGUGCAUUAUUAAAUGCUACCGUUUGAAUUAUUACCCAUUUACUGACACAGAUAAUUAAAGUGCAGUGGAAGUGUUUCAUGAAUGAAUAUUUAAGUGUAAUAAAUAAUACAGAAUAUCUUUUAAUACAUUAUGAAGUCACAGAUUUAUAGUAGGGAUCUAAUUAAUGGUGGGUAGCGCUGUCGCUUCACAGCGAGGAGGGCCUGGGUUCGAUUCCCCGGCCGGGUGACCAGGGUCC